AAACUGGUAAUUAAUGAUUUUCUAGCUAACUUAUCUAAUUGAUACAUAUUGUCCAGAUAAAUCACACGCGUGUCGCAAAAUGACACAAAUAAAUUCGUUGCAAUUAAAUUUAGUUUUUUGGCAAAGAUUAUUAAGAUUUUUGAGAUAAUUCCCUGGCAUUUUCCUAACAAAAGCCCCAUCUAAUCGACUAUUUGUUUCAUAUAAUAAUUCGAAGUGCUGGCGUGAAGUUAUUGUAUAGUUUUUAGAUAAUCGACCUAACAUAAUGUUGAAACUGAAAUACAACUACCUCUAUGGAAGAAAUUUAGUAUAUUAUCCUGAUAUUAACAAUUAUUAUGAUGAUUUAUUAGGAAUAAACUGGUCAGCUAGAUCAGUUUACUGGAUAAAGCAAUACUGGCCUAGACACAUGUCAAAUUUGUGGCCUACUGAAUAUAACUUAAGGAAACUUAGGAGAAACGAGACGAGACAAGAUGAGACGAGACAAGACGAGACUAGAGAAAGGCUCUUUCGAGCGAGAGAAGUGCCUUCUCGUCGAGACGAGAGAACACUUUUCUCUCGCCCUACGAGACGAGAGAGGCAUCUCUCUCGUCUCGUCUCGUUUCGCGGCAUCACUUAUAUACGCGAAAAUUAUCUACAUCUGAAUUUGACAAACUAA